GGUUGAGCCCAGUUAUAUAAACGCCCCAUUACACGGCGUCUGUAGAGGGCGCUGGUUUUGUCAGAGGAAGCUGCAACGUUCAUAAAGUCACUGAGGUACGCAGAAUGAAGGGUCUUGUGCUGAGCAUCUUUGUCUUCUGUGCAGUUCUUGCAACUGCUUACAGCCUCAAGUGCUACGUUUGUAAGGGAACCGAAGAGGCCUGUAGCAAGAGCAAACUGGAAGCAGAUAAGGCUAGCAAAUCGGUAGACUGCCCAACCGAUAAAUGCAUGAGGCUCUGGGGCAAAAACGACGACGUAACUGAAGUGGUUAACUCUUGCAGCAGUAGCGCCCUCUGUACAGCUGCAGAAAAGGCUUGUGACAACGUCAAAGAGGGAAAAUGCGCAGUCGGGUGCUGUGACUCCGACUACUGUAACGCGGGCUCUUCAUUUUCUUUCAGUGUGAUCCUGAUGACCGUUACCUCUGCCUUGGGUCUGGCACUAUUGAAGUAGGCUGGUAAAGAAGAAGGAACCCUGGCACGUUGAUAAACGUAGUUUUUUUUCGUGGUGAAGUUUUCUAAUUUUAAAUGUGUAUAAAAACCUUACAGGUUUCAAAACAAGAAAGUAGAAAAGGAAAUUCGUCGUUGGCUUUUUUAUGUUUUUAUUAUCUGAUCUCAACCUAUCAAGUUUUUCGCUACUUUAUGAUGUAAUUUCAACGGUCUUUUUGAUAUUAAAUGGGUUCAAUUAAG